GUUAUUUAUCUUUUAUCGAUGAGGAUACGUAUUCGAAAGCGUGAAUUACGAUUGUUAAAUUUUAGUGUGUUGUAAGUUUAACUGAAAAUUGAACAAAAAUGACGGCCAAAGCUACUACGAUAAAAGAGGCCCUCAAACGACUUGAAGACCGGACGAAGACCAACUCCUGCGACGACAAAGAAAUUGAUUUGUGCUUCCAGUGGCCACCGAUAGAGAAGAUGGACACCACUCUGUCUACCCUGGUCGCUUGCGAGAAACUAUCGCUGUCGACCAACAUGAUAGACAAAAUCUUCGGCCUGAGCGGAAUGAAGAACCUGCGGGUGCUGUCGCUGGGCCGGAACUACAUCAAGGCCAUUUCCGGCCUGGAGGGCGUCAGCGACACCCUCGAGGAGCUCUGGCUCAGCUACAACCUGGUGGAGAAGCUGAAGGGCAUCAACGUGCUGAAGAAGCUCAAGGUGCUGUACAUGAGCAACAACCUGGUGAAGGAUUGGGUCGAGUUCAACCGGUUGGCCGAUUUGCCCGUGCUGGAAGAUUUGCUGUUUGCUGGAAAUCCCCUGGUCGAGUCCAUGGAGGAGAGCGUUUGGCGUGCGGAGGCCAGCAAACGGUUGCUGUCGCUGAGGAAGUUGGACGGGGAGACGGUCAUCCGGGAGGAAAGCGACGCACAGCAGACGCCACAGCCGGCCGGUCAACCGGAGAAGGCUUGAGCAGGAAGGUGGAUUACAAUGGAAGAGGAACUUUUCGUUGGAACCACCUUCGAAUGAAGUUAUGACCAGCUAGGUUUGAUUGAAUAGUUCAUUUUACGACAAGUAGCAACAAGUUUUUACUAUACUUAUCCUA